AUGGCUCCGCCCCCGCUACUUCCGCCGAGAAGCCGGAAGUCCCGCCCCAAUGCCGGAAGUGCCUCAGCCUUACUGCCUCAAAGUCUUUUGCUACCCAGACGCUUACAAGACUGGUUUCCCGGCCGCCGCGGUGGGCAGGGGUUCCGCUGGCCGUACUCUGGGGAGCGGUGUCCCUGGAACGCUGUCCCCUCGGACGCCGGGAGGAGCCGGGGCUGCGUCCGCGCGGACAGAGCGUCCAUCCCGGCGCGAGGCCCCGGCGCCAGGGCCAUGAACGGGACUGCGAACCCGCUGCUGGACCGCGAGGAGCAUUGCCUGCGGCUGGGGGAGAGCUUCGAGAAGCGGCCGCGCUCCUCCUUCCACACCAUUCGUUAUGAUUUUAAGCCAGCAUCUAUAGAUACAUCCUGUGAAGGAGAGCUUCAGGUUGGGAAAGGAGAUGAAGUCACAAUUACACUGCCACAUAUCCCUGGAUCCACACCACCAAUGACUGUCUUCAAAGGGAACAAACGACCUUAUCAGAAAGACUGUGUGCUCAUUAUUAAUCAUGACACUGGUGAAUAUGUGCUGGAGAAACUCAGCAGUAGCAUUCAGGUCAAGAAAACAAGGGCUGAAGGGAGCAGUAAAAUCCAGGCGCGAAUGGAGCAGCAGGCCCCUCGUCCCCCACAGCCGGCACAGCCGCCGCCGCCGCCCCCACCCCCCCCACCCCCGCCUAUGCCAUUCAGAGCCCCAACAAAGCCUCCGGUUGGACCCAAAACUUCUCCCUUGAAGGAUAAUCCCUCACCUGAACCCCAGCUGGAUGACAUCAAAAGAGAGCUGAGGGCUGAGGUGGACAUCAUUGAGCAGAUGAGCAGUAGCAGUGGAAGCAGCUCCUCAGACUCGGAGAGCUCCUCAGGGAGUGAUGACGACAGCUCCAGCAGCGGAGGCGAGGAUAACGGCCCAGAUUCUCCUCCCCAGCCUUCUCACCAACAGGCCUACAAUAGCAGGCCUGCCAUGGCCAAUGGAACCAGCCGGCCCCAAGGAAGCACCCAGCUCAUGAACACACUCAGAAAUGACCUGCAGCUCAGCGAGUCCGGCAGUGACAGUGAUGACUAGCACCAGAGGUCCCAGGUCUCCUGCUGCACAGACAUGCAGACCCAGCCACCGGCACAUGGACUCCAUCGCCAAGGGGAGAGCAGAGCCUGGAGGAGUUGGAGGCCUGCAGGCUCUCAUAUUUCCAUCCUAGACUUGGUGGUGAUGGAUGAUUUUCUCAUGUAAUUUUUGAACAAUCUCUUGUUUCAGAGUUCAAGUAGAUCCAUAGAAGUGCUCACUAUAUGUCUAUCUGGUUAACAUGAAAAGCAGACAAAGGCACCCUGGUCUAGGUCACUCACGGGGCGUGCCUUCACCAGGCCAGCGAUUCAGUUUCAAUCCUUAGUAGCCAUCAGUUUGGCCAAGUGGUCUGCACUAUUCUUUGAGAGGUGAGGAAGGAAAGGGGGUCCUCACACAGCAUCAUAGAAAUAUGUUAAAGCCACUUUCCAUCGAUGAGCAAGUGGUAAGGAAGCUUUGUCUGACCCAGGCUGAGGAGACUGUCGAAACGGACCUUAGGACAGUCUUCUGUCAGCUGGUUGAGACCCUGGAGAUCCACUAGCCCAAUUCCUCAUGAACUAGGAAAGAGAAGCAUGCCGCUGGGUCAUGGCCCCAGCCCAGGCCUUCUUAUUUAUUACCUCCUCUGGAUUAUGCAUAUUGGAAUCAGAUUCUUACAUAUGGAACUUUUAGAUGGACACUGGCACUUUUAUUGGAUUCCAAAAGACAAAAGUGUUUUUGAGUGUAUCUAGCUUGAAUUCAGAUUUAAGUGACCCCUUAAGUACAUGGGGCUGAGUGAGCCGAUGACACCGGCAGCCUCUCUUCCAUGGGUGACUCAGCUCAUCCGAGGCUCUAGUUCCAUGUGGACCCACCCGAGGUGGUUUUCAUUCCAUGGACUUUAGCAGGGGUAGGAGUGGAAGAGCGGUGUGCUAAAGAAGCCUCUGGACAAAUGAGCCAGCAGCGAGUUGCCAUGAUGCGAGUCUGGGGGGUUCUGCAGUGGACGGAGCACAUUCUUGUCAGCUCUUUCUGCCCGUGCAGUUGUGCCACGCCUUGGCCUGGCUCCCAGGUGCAUUUGUAUUUUUAUAGAAACCUAGAAGAAAGUCACAAGAUUGCCUUCUGCAGUGCUGUUUCCAGGUGAACCUGUUGUUGCUGGAAACUGGUCACUAGUAAAUGCCCUUGCCGUGUACCGAGUGCUGAAGCGUCCCGUGGUGAGUGCCAUGCCGCCUCGUCUGUAGUUUGAAUGCGUCUGCUUGGCUUCAGCGAGUGUCAAGACAUCAGCAGUGGCCUUCCGUCCUCAGGUUUCUCCACUCACUUGGAGGGAAACAAUCAGAUGGUCCAUGGAUGGAGCUAUUGGGUAGAAUUGCACCAUCCAUGGUCAACUGUUCCAUCCACACAGAGACUCCAGUGAGCUGGAGAUGAGGCAGAGCCAUGCCCUGCAGCGUGCCCAUGCCACCCUGCCUGAGUUCAGAUGAGAGGUGUGUGAGAGCGCCUUGUGAUGAGGGCUCAGUGGGUCCAGCGGCAAGAAGGAACCUGUUUAUAGUGAACUGAUAAUUGCUUUAAAAUACUUCAGUUAGGAAAGCUCAGGGACGGCAAGGGUCAUGAUUGGGAGACUUGAAUUGUUACUAGAUGUGGGAGUUAGAACUGUUUGACUGCUCGUAACUUGCUCAAACUGAGGCAGGUUCCAGGAACUUGAACUAAAACUAUUUAUUCAUGCCCUCCUUUUCUUCAAAGUCUUGCUUUAUGUAGACAGAAAUGUUGGGUCACAGUGUUUCAUUUCUAUAGGAAGUACUUGUGUAUGACACUGGGCUUGGUGAGUUAAAACUUCCCGAGCCUCAUACCUUCUCCCCAUCACCUCUCUUACCCAGUACCCCACAUGAUUCUCCAGUGUGGCUCCUACUUUUACUCUUUGCACAAGUCCUUCAGUGAUUCUGCCCUCCAGUCCCCACCAGAAUCAGGAAGUGGUUCUGGAUUGCAGAAUGUAACCUACAAAUGACUUCCCACAAGUACCCUCUGCCAGCCAAACUGGACUUCCUCCUGUCCCUGCGCCUCCGCGGUCUGCUGCUCUCCUCCCCUUGCUCCAAGCCCCUGUCAUCGUGACUUCUCUGCUUGUUUCAGCCUGUGGUGUGUGCCCUGGGUGCACUUGACCUUUGGUUGGUCCAGGCUGCUGCAAGCAGGGAGUGUUAGCUCAUCAUCACAGAACGAGGCAUUUGGGGGCUUCUGGCCUGGCUGGGAAGGAGGCUGAGAAAACUUAACUGGGAAGGACAAAGGAUAGGCAGGGAAAACAUUCCAGGCAUUUGGACAAAGCUGAAAAUACCCAUGGAGGUCUCAAAUGAAUUUUUAAGGUGUCUUUCUUUGCUCGAUGCAGUGUUGACUGUACUAGGGGUCAUUUAGGUGAGGUGGAUAGACAAGUGUCCAGUGUCUGAGGAGCCAGGGAAAAAUGAGACUUGGGGAAACAGGUGAACUAGCUGUUUGUAAUAAUGCCACUAAGUACUUAUUUCUGUAGCAGAGUCAUUUUCUCUGGGUGGUGUCCUUCAGUGGUAGGAAAACUUGAAAAUUCCAGAUCCUUACUUCCCUGUUUGAGAGAGAAAGAGAGAAGAGUAUGUGUGUGUGUGUGAGAGAGAGUGUGUGUGUGUGUUAUUUAUUACAUUAUUUUGAAAGAGAAUUAUUUGUCUGUUUUGUGGACAUGUAUUAGGUACAGCUAAACUGGACAAUUCUAUUUGGCAAGGAACAUAGAAUUUCUUAAACUCAGGCCUUAACCAGUAGCUUGGAAGACAAGACCAACUGAAGCAUUGUGACAUGUUCUUGCUCUUAUUUCUGUCUUGGAUUCACUGUCUUGUUCUUUAAUGGAAAUUUAAAUCUUGUGCCUAAAAAGUUCAUUUGAUUAAUUAUGAUGUAGACAUGGCUGUUUAUAUUUGUGUAAGAUAUUUGCUGUGUAGAAUUCCCCCCUCUUUUAAAAGAUGAACAUAUUUAAAUAAAAAAUGAAGGUUAGCAAUAUA